AGACUUUCUUCCACGUGGAAUACACACAUGUUACCGCACGACCAAACACCAAUCACAGGACUACGUGAUUGAUAUCCAUAUUUCCAGCGACGCUGUGGUGACAGAUCAGUUACACAACCAAACCAGGAUCUUCAACGGACGCGAUCCUUUGUCCCACUCGUGUUGAAAUAAAAGCCCCAUCCGUCGACUCUUUCUGGGAUUCAUAUCCUAGCCUAGCCAUCAUGCAUUUGUCAAGCUGUGGCUAAUGUACUCACCAUCUACCAAACAUGGAGUCCUUUGAGGAGUUCAAUUCAAGCCAAGCAGAUGAUACAGGCAAGAAGCCCGAAGAGCGCCUCCAGACAGGGGAUCUUCCUUCUCAACAAUCAGACAGCACGACUCAGGAAGCUCACAAUACAUCAUCACAGUCGAAUCAGUACCCUCAAAAUGUCAGCAUCGAUGCAACUUCCCUCGCCGAUAAAGAACAGCCUGUUUCCCAAGAUUUACCCACCUUAUCAAACAAUGCCCCAGAAUCUCCAACACUAACAAACACCGCUCGAGAUGAAGGAGACGAUGAAGAAUCUUUGGACCUGUCCAAGCCCUUCAACCGGGCUUCAAGCCGAUCUCCUACUACUCUCCAGCGCAACAGAGGCGCCGUGGUCACUAAAGUCGGGGAGGAAGGCGUGAUUCGAAUGCACAAAUUCACCUUACACGAGACAGCCAACAAAUACUACAUUGUGGGAUCCGAUAUCCUCGACAGUGCUUUUCGGAUCUUGAAGAUCGACCGCACGUCUGAGGCGGGCGAACUGAAUGUCAUCGAAGAUGACAUCGUGUACACGAGGAAGGAAACCCAACAAAUUCUCAACGCUGUCGACGAGGGGAACCGAGCAACCGGCGGACUCAAGCUCAAGACUAGCUUCUGGGGUUUACUCGGUUUCAUCCGCUUCACUGCCCACUACUACAUGAUAUAUGUCACAAAACGGAGUCAAGUGGCAAUGAUAGGAGGACACUACAUCUACCAAAUCGACAAGACUGAAAUCAUGCCUUUGGUCACUGCAGCAUCGACUCGGGCAAAGACGGAUCGACACAUUGAAGAAGCACGCUUCAUGGGGAUCUUGAACAACCUAGACCUCAGUCGAUCAUUUUAUUUCAGCUAUUCAUACGACAUCACUAGGACCCUACAACACAACAUUAUGCGUGAGCGGCAAGCCCUUCAGGAAGGUCUCCCACAGCCCAGAACGUGUUGUCACAAUGACAUGUUUGUGUGGAAUAAUCACCUCCUCAAACCGGCCAAGUCGGUCCUCAAGAACCCCUUUGACUGGUGUCUGACCAUCGUCCACGGUUAUGUCGACCAAAGCGCCUUGUCCGUCUUCUGGGGUCGAGUUGUCUAUGUCACAAUCAUUGCUCGGCGCUCGCGCUUCUUUGCCGGCGCUCGAUACCUCAAGCGAGGUGCGAAUGAUCUAGGUUAUGUGGCCAAUGACGUCGAAACCGAGCAGAUUGUCUCUGAAAUGCUGACGACAUCGUUUCAUUCCCCUGGCCCGACUCUGUUCGCAAACAACAAAUAUACAUCACACGUACAGCACCGUGGUAGCAUUCCUCUUCACUGGGCUCAAGAUUCCUCUGGAGUUACUCCUAAGCCAGACAUCCAUCUGAACGUGGUGGACCCCUUCUUCAGUGCUGCUGCAUUACAUUUCGACAAUCUAUUCGAGCGAUACGGAACCCCAAUCUACUGUCUGAACCUUAUCAAAUCCAGGGAGCGGGUGCCGAGAGAGUCGAAGCUUCUGAAGGAAUACACCACCGCUGUGGAAUACCUCAACCAGUUCUUGCCCGAAGACAAAAAGAUCGUGUAUCACGCUUGGGACAUGAGCCGGGCGUCUAAAAGUCGGGACCAAGACGUUAUUGGCAGUCUUGAGGCCAUCGCUGAAGACAUUCUUCCGCGAACGGGUUUCUUCCAGAACGGCAACGACGUGGAGAGUGGACUGAAGAUCCAAAGCGGGGUGGCUCGCACCAACUGCAUCGAUUGUCUGGACCGUACCAACGCAGCCCAAUUUGUGAUUGCUAAGAAGGCCUUUGGCUAUCAGCUACAAGCUCUGGGUGUCAUUGAGACAACGUCAGUUGAGUAUGACUCGGACGCGGUCAAUCUGUUUACCCACAUGUGGCACGACCACGGCGAUACCAUCGCCGUCCAGUAUGGUGGAUCUCAUCUCGUCAACACCAUGUCGACAUACCGCAAAAUCAACCAGUGGACCAGCCACAGUCGCGACAUGGUCGAGAGCUUCAAGCGCUACUACAACAAUUCAUUCAUGGACGCUCAGAGACAAGAAGCCUAUAACCUCUUUCUGGGCAACUAUGUCUUUGCCCAGGAUGAACCAAUGCUGUGGGACCUGUCAACCGAUUACUACCUGCACCACUCCAACCCACGCUCAAUGUUUGGAAAGCGGCGCCCGAGUUAUCGUCAUUGGUACACCGAUGAGCAUCUCGAAAAGCCUCAGAUCCCUCCACCGAUAUGGCCGCGAGAGCUGCGCGACCGACCUGUAGAAUACUUUGACGACUUCUGGAUCGAAUACUACCGUCCGCUGUCGUUGUCGACUUUCAAGAAACUCUUUUCGUACAAGAUCCGCUCCAAUCUGAGGUAUGUCCCGUUGCAGUCGUCCUCCGCGGGUAAGUUCGACCUCUCGCCAUUCAAGGUGCGGACAGGUAACGAGAACGAGUCGGAUAGUGGACACGACAAGCAGGGUCGAAAAGGAGUCAAGAUCGUUGCACCAUCAGACGACAGCACUACGGUUUCGACCGUUGACGGGUUCAUCAAGCCGAGUUUACCGACUCCUCUAGAGCCCGCCCCAAAGCCAUCCACGCUAGGACCAUGGCUGGACGCGCAACAACAAUUGCACGCGACACACCAGAAGCGGCAGUAUACGGGUAUCAUCAAACAGCCGUCGUUUGAGAUCCAGUCGCCAUUCCUGCCACGGGUGCCCAAAUUACUGACGGUCAACACCAGCGAUCUAAGCAACUCGGCCCUACUGGGUCCACCCACGAAAGAGGAACUGGCACUGCAGGCAUUUACUGCGCUCAUCUCCAAAUCCAUCGACCCUCAAGUGCGGCAAGCAGGUGAAUAUCAACGAUAUGUGGCGCACCCUAGCACGAUCCCAUUGGUCGUGUCGUCCGACAUUGACUACUCUUCAGCACCACUCGAGUUCCUGGAGUACCUGUCCAAAACGGCGGCCGAUCCAUCGGAACACAAGGUCCUGCGGUCGUAUGAUGACGAAAGAGGCGCCGUUAGUCUGACGAUGGACGAGAGAGCAGAGGUCAGUCUUGAUGACUACACCGAGUACCUGGCCAGUGCCGCCGUGGAAGAGCCUUUGACUGUCUUGGAGGAGGAUGCCGGCAAGAAGAGAUACAAAGCCUACCGCAAGUGGCUGAAGGGCAAAAGUCUGUUCAAGCAGAGGCCUGUGGUCGGUGAGGACAUUGGUGAUGUCGUAAGAUAGGACUCGUAGACGCUCGCUCUUGGUAUACUCGGUAGACGUGUCCAGGUUUUGCGAUUUCUUUAAUUAAUGAAUAAUGGCUUGAG